GCUCCAGGCAGGCCCAGGUCGCACACACGAACACUGGACCAGCCGCCGGCGGCGGCGGCGGCGCGAGCUCUGUCUCCGGGGAGAAGCUGCAUCAGUGCCGCAGCCAGUGGGCCAGCGGCUACUCCGUGCGUUGAAAGCAGGGUGUGCCCAACUCUGCUUUCGGGGAGUGGAGCUCGUCUUGGUGCGGCCGCCGGCGACGGGGGUGACCAGUCCAGGUUUGCUCCGGCGACCUCCGUUGCAAGCCCAGGCAGGUACACCAGGUCCACCAUGUCGGCCUUCACCGGCGUCUCCAUCGCCGGCAGCAACAGGCAGUGCUUCUGCGAGACGUCGGCCGUGGACGCCCGCGGGGACAGCGGCUACCACCUGCUCAUGGUCACCGGCUACUCGCGCACCAAACAGCUGAUUCCCACCGGCGAGGGCAUCACUGCCGGUCCUUUCAGUGUAGGAGGCCACGAUUGGAUGAUUGAGUACUACCCCAACGGCGAGAACCCGAGCUGCGCCGACGAGGGAGAGCCCGUGGAGGUCAGGUUCAGUUUCAGCCUCGUCGACCAGGUUGAGAAGCAGAUGGCGACGCACAUCCGUGGAACCGGUGAGACUCGCGACUUCUCCACCGCUACUUCAAUCUGGGGCAACGACAGGUUUAUGAGAAGAGACGCCGUUGAACAUUCAGCGGGUCUCAAGUGUGAUUGUCUCACCAUCCGGUGCGACGUCGUGGUCCUCCGCAACAGCAAGGUUGAUGAUGAUGAUGAUGCCGGUGGCCAUGGCGGCACCAAGGAGCUCCUGCUGCCGGACAUACACCAGCAUUUCAACAGUCUCCUUCAAAAUAAGGUGGGCGCCGAUGUGGCAUUCCAGGUCGGCGACAAGACCUUCGCCGCACAUCGGUGUGUGCUUGCUGCCCGAUCCACAGUGUUCAUGGCACAACUCUUUGGCCCCAUGAAGGAGGCAUCCAACACUGUCAUACAGAUCAAAGACAUGGAUUCAAAGGUGUUCACGGCUUUGCUUAGCUUUGUGUACACAGACUCGUUCCCUGACAUGUACGAGGACAACAUUAAGUUGAGUGAAAUAUGCAAAGAUACGGGACAAGGACAAGAAGAUGAAAUGCCGGAAGCUGUGGACCAAGGACAAGAUGCGGAAGCGGCAGAGGAUGAAAUGGGGCUGGUGCAAUGGCUGCAGGGCUUGUUUGUAGCGGCAGACCGGUACGAUCUCCAGCGGCUCAAGUUCAUCUGUGUAAAGCAGUUGUCUCAGCGCAUGGGUGUGAGCUCUGUGGCGUCCACCCUUGCUCUAGCCGAGCAGCACCACUGUCGUGGAUUGAAGGAGGUGUGCUUGAAGUUUAUCCAAGUCCAAUCACCUCCGUGUUUGCAGACACUAAUGGCGAGUAAUGGCUGGGGGCAUAUUGUCACGACAUAUCCCUCUGUUUUGAAUGAGCUCAUUGCCAUGCUUGCUUCGAACCAGAGGAAGUAACACUCUGGAUACGUUUGAUUAUCUGGAAGAUCAAAUGUAGAAAUUUUUGGGAAGGCAUUUUGUAAACCAGGAUUUAAUGGGAAGAAAUGGGAUGACAGAACAGAGGUCACCAAGAUUUCUGGUUACAGCGGUAGUGAUCCAUUACCCAGGAAUUAGUCUUCUUCUGGGUGCUUGCUGUUCUCCUCGGCUGGCGCCCCACACCCCCUAGGGAGACGAAGGUCGGAGCUCGGAGAUCCUGCAAGUACAAUGUUGUAGCUUUCCUCUGUACUUAAAAAAAAUGACUUCCAUUCUGGUGUGUUCUGAAGCACAUAUGAUGAAUGAUGUCAAUUGUUGCGGUGAUGAUAAGCUGGGGUGAGCUUUGAGUGCAUGGACAGUGGCUAUACUUUUUCUUUAGAUAAUGAAUAUCUUUUGGUCAAGCAUGUCCAAAGCUUUGGGAGGUAAAAUCCGUAAGUUCCUUCCCGGCUGUUGUUUCAUGAGAUAAGUUAAUUAUUAGACAACAAGUUGAUGGCAAAACAUGCUUGCUUUUCAAUGUUUUAUCUGAUGUUUUAUUUGAAUGUGUGGUUUGUAGACACCCCUGAUCCGAGUUAGCCAUGACUCGGAAUUAUUUAUGUUUUACACGAUGCUGAUGCGUGUUUUCUGUCAGUCAUUCAUAUGGUCCUGGCAUGCGCUGCCGCAUUAACAUCGUUACUCGAGCAUCAUAUUAGUGGGCGAUUUGGAAUAUUUGUCUGUUUUCAGGGGAGGCGAAGCAAUGCAACGGAGAGACUUGCACUAUGUGAGAUGAGGUAUAUUAGGUAUGCUCACUCCUGGACGAAAAAAAAGCUGUGCAAGUGCAAGCACACAUCACUUACUGCUGGACCGAGGAUUUUGGACCUUGUAUGGAGAAGAAAAGAGAAGAGGAGACUUGCUCUGACGGAUUGCUUGGCCGGAAUGUUAUGCGGCGGAUGCCGAGCACUCCCUGUAUGCACCUACCUCAAGGCCAACACGUUCCCUGCCCUGCCUGAU